GCAGCCGCGAGUCCGGAAGCAUAGCGAAGAAGAUGGCCUUCAACGAGAAGGUGGACCCCGAGCUGAUAUUUACCAAACAGGAACGAAUUGGAAAGGGUAGCUUCGGUGAGGUUUUCAAGGGAAUCGACAACAGGACCCAGCAGGUUGUGGCCAUCAAGAUUAUCGAUCUCGAAGAGGCGGAAGAUGAAAUCGAGGACAUACAGCAGGAGAUUAUGGUCCUGUCGCAGUGUGACAGCCCAUACGUCACCAAGUAUUAUGGGUCUUAUCUCAAGGGUACGAAGCUAUGGAUCAUCAUGGAAUAUCUGGGUGGCGGCUCGGCCCUGGACUUGAUGAAGGCCGGUAGCUUCGAAGAGAUGCACAUCGCCGUGAUAUUACGCGAGGUGCUCAAAGGGUUGGAUUAUCUGCACAGCGAGCGUAAGCUCCAUCGCGAUAUUAAAGCGGCGAAUGUUUUACUGAGCGAAAUGGGCGACGUCAAAUUGGCCGACUUCGGUGUAGCCGGUCAGUUGACGAACACCACCAGUAAACGAAAUACCUUCGUCGGCACGCCGUUCUGGAUGGCACCCGAAGUCAUCAAACAGUCCGCUUACGAUUCCAAGGCUGACAUUUGGUCUUUGGGCAUCACGGCAAUUGAGCUCGCGAAAGGAGAGCCACCGAACAGCGAGCUUCAUCCCAUGAGAGUCCUCUUUCUAAUACCCAAGAACAAUCCACCGCAGCUAACCGGGAAUUACACAAAACAGUUUAAGGAAUUUGUCGAAGCCUGCCUCAAUAAGGAUCCCGAAAACAGGCCGACGGCGAAGGAACUGCUGAAGUUUCAGUUUAUCAGGAAGGCGAAGAAGAACUCGUACCUGAUUGACCUGAUUGACAGGUACAAAAAGUGGAAGUCGCAGCGCAGCGAGGAAUCGGAGACCGAGAGCGAGAAUUCGGAUUCGGAGGAAUCCAAGCAAGACAGCGACAUGGACGAGCCAUGGAUAAUGACGGUGAAAGGCCCGCAUGGGGUCAAAGGAUCCGUGGUGCCUAUGCUGCCACUAGACGAGCAGCCCGCAUCUCUGACCCUAACACACACGAACCACAGGUCCUCCAAUCACAAUCAACCGAGUAAACCACACGCGAAUGGUGCCUCGCGAUCGCCGCCGAAGGAUUCUACGCUUAAUCAUUACAGAAGUGAAUCCAGGGAUUCGUUGCGCGAUGGUCAAGCGAAGCACGUGCCUCCCCGACCACAUGAAGCCGCACCUCCACCACCAGUGGACACGAGAGAGAAACGAGAGGAGAGAGACUAUCGUGACGUCAGCCGAGAGUCUACCCUCAGAGAGUCAAAAGAGAGCCGCGAGAGGGAUAGAGAAGUUGUCAGAGAACGAGAACGGGACAGAGAAGGCAGAGAUCGGGAUAGAACCAGCAGGGACUUCAACUCUCGAGAAAAGAGGAGAAACAGUAGACCGGACGUGCCCAUCACUUCGAUGGCUGAUCAUAGACCUAGUGAGGAUAAGCAAAGACCCAGAAGUUCACAGGAGCUCAAGCAUCCGCGAAGCGUUGCUUUGUCCGGUGUCGUUUUUCCUCUCCUUUCCGAGCUUCAACGAAAGCACCAAUAUUCGGUGAGAGACAAUAAUGGGGAAGGCGGUAGUGGUGGUAAGAAUGGCGGUGCUGUAGAAGAACUGCGAAGCGCCUUCGAAUCGGCGGAACGCACGUCGCCGGGAAUGACGGAGUCCCUUAUUCGCGAACUGAUUAAAUCCUUACUUCCCCCCAAUCAUUCUGAAGGACGCCUAUCUAUGCUGAUGGAGAAGGUUAUUUUAAGGGAUACGUAGGGACGCGAGAGGACAAAGGUCCGCAAGAGACUGUGGUCCCAGAAUAUCCUGACACUGUAAAAGCAUACGUUAUUUCUCUCGAUUAUCAAUUUACUAAUUAAUACGAGCCGAGUAUGUCGAUGAGUGGCGAUUCCGAACGUGAACAUGAAGGUGCGAGAGAAAUGUGUUCCGUGCCCCAUCGUCCCAUUCCCUCCCCGUUCUUCCCCUCUCUUGCUAAUCUAUAAAGGCCGUACUACAACGAAGUCUAUCGAAGUUUUACGAAGUAGUCUACUGAACCGCCCCAUUUUCAUCUGCCUACCUCACCGUAGGAUAAUAAUACGUAGAUGGACGGCAGAUACACGCAAAACGUGCCAGUAUUCUUGCAGUUCCUACUCGUGUAAUUGUCAUCGAUCCUUUUCUGAACUUCUCUGAUGAGCUGUUCUACAUUUACACGCUUCUCCAUGUCGGUUCGUCGUCCGACAGUUCAUUUCAAUCAUGAAUCAAUUUAUCAUUGUGUAAUUUGUAUAUUCUUGACUUUUAAAAAAAUUUUUUAAUUUUUUAAUAUUCGCAGCUUUAUCAUUUUUGAAAGUAUAAAUCACAUGAAGCCGCACAUUA